AAAAAACUAUCGUUUAAAAUUUAAAGUCAAUGGGAAUAAAUUAUGCUGUCCGGGUUUUCAUAAUUUUCUUUUACAUUGUUCUGGCUUUAGUUGUUGUCCAAGCGGUUCCUUUGCCUGCUCUCCAUCAGGUAUCCUUUAAUGACCCUUCAGAUUUGAUGAUGAGCAGGUAUGGCGAACCGCUGGUGCAGGAUCCUUUUCGCAGUUUCGAAAACUCCAAAGAGAGGAUUGUUCUGCAAGCCAAACAAGAAGACGGAUUUGAUGACAAUCAGGGUGGUAAAGUCGUUUUGGAGGGCUUUGACGAGGGCAGUGGAGAAGAUUGCGAUAAACUCCCUUACGGACCGACAACAAAGGCAGGACAAGACCCGCUUACCGCCAGCUUUUGUGACCCAAUUGCUCUGAUCAUUAUCCUGUUUCUAUUGUAA